UUUACUCUGGGCUGAGAUGCAACCAGGAGUAUAUAAGGCGCAAUCUUUUCAACUGGUUUCAUACUCGACCUGUCGAAGUCUCGAAGAGGGUUAAACUUAUAUUCUACCAGAAAAUUUGGUUCAAGAAAAGAUGAAGCUCACUGUAACUUGCUUAUUCUCCAUUAUUCUUUGUUUGGCAGCUGGAUUUAGUUCGGCACAAUGGAACAGCAGAAAUUACAACUACCGAGUGGGGAGAAAUACCAAUCUCAAUUAUAACGGCCUUAAUCAUCGAAGCAACAAUGGACGACACAACACAAACCUCAACUACAGACAAGUGAACUACAAUUAUCGUGGUAAUCGGUGGAACACCAAUGUGAAUCAUAACUUCCCAUCCAGGCAAACAAAUUUGAACGCCAACUAUCGUCGAAACCACAACUUCCAAGUCGGUCACAACUGGCAAAAUAGGCAAACUAACCUUGGCUAUACGUGGAAAUUUGGAAAACGUCGUCGCAGUAUUGAUUUGCAGGAUGAACUACUGGAGUCUUUGAAGAUUGAAAGAGAACCCAGCGUUUAUCUAAAGAAUCUUCAACUGGCUAUCAAGACCUUGGUCAAAAGAUAUCAAUACGAAUGUCCCUACAUAGAAAAUCUCGCAAUCUCUGUCCCGAACGAUCAUGUUACGAAUGUAACAGCUGCAAGAGAGACAAUCUGUGUUGUGAUGAAACUUCAGAGUUUCUUUCCCAACAGUUUGGGACAUUUUAUUUUGAAAAUGAUCGAGUAUCACAAUCGCAGCUUUGAAGUUGAAGAAUUCUUCAGUGUUGACUCUGAAGAUGAAACUGAAUCUGAGAGUGACUACGUUUGCGAGCUUCCCGCAGAAUCUUCAGAAUCUCCAGUAUGCCGAGAGGUAAUUGACGGCGCUAGACUGCUGGAUCUGAAGAAAUUUACCACCACUCUCAUUACGCUCGCCAUGGAAUAUCAGCAACUAUUGGAAGCAUAAUUUACUAUUACGAACGAUAAUAUGUGUGUAAACAAAAUUAACAAAUGUCAUAAAACACUGUGCAAAGUCACAAUAAAAUUUUUGGUCAGGUUUGAAAGAUCGUCACGAGUAUUAACAAAUCCUGUUACCCAUUAUUAUUACGGCUCCAAGAUAUUUUUGAACGAAAAUACCAGCAUCGCUCUAUAUGUAUCUGCAUAGUCUGAUCAUUGGGUCUGAUAAAUGCAUGACGUCGUAUAUGGAUAAAAUGCUCUUUAGAAAUAAAUUUCUGAGCCUCUCGGAAUGGAGCAAGUUG